AUUUUCUUAUCCUUAGCAUAUCUAAUUCUUAUGCAUGGGAAUACAUACUUGUGAUACUGGCAUUAAGGUUUUCAGUGUAAAAUUUUCACGUAUGUAUUUAAUAACAUAAUCAUUACAUGUUAAGCAAUAAAUAAAACGAUUGCAUAAAAAGGGGCGCGGCCUUAAUCAUACAAUUGGAAAACGACUAUAUUCAAAAAUUGCUAAUUGUUUAUUUUUAAACCUAUGGGAAAACUUGACAUAAAUGAUUUUUAUAAAAAGAUUGACGAUAUUUUUCUACUGUUUUUGGACGGCCUACAAUAUGGCUCUUAGGUCAUUUUUACAUAUAGGUGAUAGUACAUAUAAAUGUGUUUUUACUGCAAUAAAGUUUAAACCUAAAUUAUAUAUAGUUGAAGGAUAUAAACAAAUUAGAAAUUUUCAUAAGUUUAGAGGUAAAACAAAACUAUCACAAUCAUCAAAUUCACUACCAGAAGAGUUCCUUAAAAAGCAAUCAGGAUAUUUUCCCAAUUUAUGGAAACCAUUUACCUUUACUAUCAUAUUUAGUGCAACAACAUUUAUUGCGGCUGCCAUUUGGGAGUAUGAACGUCUCAGAGAUAAAACCUAUAGGAUAAUCAGAAGUUACAAACAAUGGGGAAUACAUCGAACAGGAUGGAGAUAUACAAUGGAGAAUUGGUGGAAAAACUUAUCAGAAGGAGAAAGAAUAUUUAUUCCUAUAUGUUUCUUAAAUGUGUUGGUAUUUUUGUCAUGGCAUAUACCAGCAUUUCGAAUGACAAUGUAUCGAUAUUUUUCAUGCACUCCUACCACUAGUAGAUGUUGGCCAAUGUUGUUUGUAACAUUUUCUCAUUGUUCCCUUCUUCAUUUAAUUAUCAACAUGUAUGUAUUAUAUGGCUUCUCUAAAAUUGCUGUGGCUCAACUGGGUAGAGAACAAUUUUUGGCACUUUAUUUAAUUAGUGGAGUAGUAUCUAGUUUUUCAAGUUAUUUAUAUAAAGCUGCCGUUGGAAUAAGAGAUCCUUCCUUGGGAGCUUCAGGAGCAAUAAUGGGUGUCUUUGGAUUUGUAUGUACUCAGUUUCCAAAUGCAUACUUGUCUAUUAUUUUUCUUCCAAUGUUCAAAUUUACAGCGAGUACGGUCAUGAAAGCUAUAAUGGGUUUGGAUAGUUUGGGAUGCCUUAUGCGUUGGCAACGUUUUGAUCAUGCAGCACAUUUGGGUGGAGCAUUAUUUGGAAUAUUUUGGCAAAUGUGGGGUAGUACCAAUAUAUGGCAAAAACGUGAACCAGUAUUAGUAUUUUGGCAUCAAAUCCGUGAACCACCUAGAUCUAAUUAAUACCUCCUUGUUAUAAAAUUAAUACUAUUACAUAUUAUAUAUUUAUAAUAUUAUGAAAAAUUUUGAAAGUUAUAAGAAGUGGAAUUAUAUAAGAAACAAAAU